AUGGCCGAGGAGCCCCUAGGCGCGCCUGGCCGAGCCAUGGGCCGGGAGAGCCGGGGGCCGGGCCCCGCGCGGGAAGCCUGCCCCCCGGGGAGCCGCGCCGCCGCCGCCGCCGUCGGGGGCCUGCUGUGGCUGGCGCUGGGCGGCCCCGCGGAGCCCAAGCGCCGCCGGGCGGGCCCCGGGGCCGCGGAGGGCGGCGGGCUCGCCAAGCGGCCGUGCCCGGGGCCCGGGCGGGUGCCCGUGGGCCGGCUGGCGCUGGGCUACGUGGUGCCCUGCCUGGACCUCUACGGCCUCUGCGUCAAGGACGCCUUCCUCGGGGACGCGGCGGGCGGGCGGGUGCUGGCCGAGGUGGGCGCCCUGCACCGCGGCGGCCGGCUCCGCGACGGGCAGCUGGUGAGCGCCGGGGCCGUCCCCGCGCGGAGCGUCCGCGGCGACCAGAUCGCCUGGGUGGAGGGCCGCGAGCCCGGCUGCCAGGCCAUCGGCGCCCUCGUGGCCCGCGUCGACGAGCUCAUCCUGCACUGCGCCGGCAAGCUGGGCGGGUACCGCAUCUCCGGCCGCACCAAGGCCAUGGUGGCAUGUUACCCCGGCAACGGCAUGGGUUAUGUGCGGCACGUGGACAACCCCCACGGGGAUGGACGCUGCGUCACCUGCAUUUAUUACCUAAACCGGCAGUGGGACAGUAAGGUUCAUGGUGGGAUCCUGCACAUCUACCCAGAAGGGCGGCCAGUUGUCGCAAACAUCGAGCCCAUAUUUGACCGGCUGCUCCUCUUCUGGUCAGACCGGCGCAACCCGCAUGAAGUGAAGCCGGCCUACGCCACGAGGUAUGCCAUCACAGUCUGGUAUUUUGAUGCCAAAGAGCGGGCAGAAGCCAAAGGGAGACACCAGCUGGCAUCCGCCCAGAAAGACGGUCCGCCUCCCGCCACGCAGACCAACGGCCUCACCUGA